UUUUAAUUGGAUUUUUUUUUUCAAGAACACCUUUUUUUUUACUACAAAAAUGGCAAAUUCGACGGGUAAAAACCACGCAGACCAGCGGAGAAAGGGACUCGCUUUCCUGGACGAGCUGCGGCAGUUUCACCACAGCAGAGGGUCUCCUUUUAAGAAGAUCCCUGUGGUGGGUGGGAAGGAGCUGGAUCUUCACGCUCUCUACACCAGAGUCACCACUUUAGGCGGAUUUGGGAAGGUAUCUGAGAAGAAUCAGUGGGGAGAAAUUGUAGACGAGUUUAACUUUCCCAGAAGUUGUUCUAACGCUGCCUUCGCUUUAAAACAGUAUUACUUGCGCUAUCUAGAAAAGUAUGAGAAAGUCCAUCAUUUUGGGGAAGAGGAUGAUGAGGUACAACCAGGCAAUCCAAAGCCACAACUUCCCAUUGGUGCAAUUCCAACAUCCUAUAACUACCAGCAACACAGUGUGUCAGAUUUCCUUCGACAAAGUUAUGGGCUGUCUAUGGACUUUAACUCACCAAAUGACUAUAAUAAAUUGGUGCUUUCACUGUUAUCUGGACUCCCAAAUGAAGUGGACUUUGCAAUUAAUGUAUGUACUCUUCUUUCAAAUGAAAGCAAGCAUGUCAUGCAGCUUGAAAAGGACCCUAAAAUCAUCACUUUAUUGCUCGCUAACGCCGGGGUGUUUGAUGACACUUUAGGAUCAUUUUCUGCUGUAUUUGGAGACGAAUGGAAGGAGAAAACGGAUAGAGAUUUUGUUAAGUUUUGGAGGGAUAUUGUUGAGGAUACUGAAGUACGCGACCUCAUUUCUGAUAGAAGCAAAUCUCAAGAAACUCCAUCAGAAGAAUGGAUAUGGGAAUCCUUAUUUCAUCCACCUCGCAAGUUGGGCAUUAAUGAUAUUGAAGGACAGCGGGUGCUUCAGAUCGCAGUGAUUUUACGUAAUCUUUCUUUUGAAGAGGGAAAUGUUAAACUUUUGGCAGCUAAUCGUACCUGUCUUCGGUUCCUGCUACUCUCUGCUCAUAGUCAUUUUAUUUCUCUACGGCAAUUGGGGCUUGACACACUAGGAAAUAUUGCAGCAGAGCUUCUUCUGGAUCCUGUUGAUUUCAAAACAACCCAUCUAAUGUUUCACACUGUUACGAAAUGCCUAAUGUCAAGGGAUAGAUUUUUAAAAAUGAGAGGCAUGGAAAUCUUGGCAAAUCUUUGUAAGGCUGAAGAUAAUGGUGUCUUAAUUUGUGAAUAUGUGGAUCAGGAAUCUUACAAAGAAAUCAUAUGUCAUCUCACGCUACCAGAUGUGCUGCUUGUAAUCUCAGCGCUGGAGGUGCUCUACAUGCUCACAGAGAUGGGAGAAGUGGCCUGCACAAAGAUUGCUAAAGUAGAAAAGAGCAUAGAUACAUUAGUAUGUCUGGUUUCUAUGGACAUCCAGAUGUUCGGAGCUGAUGCACUUACUGCUGUAAAACUCAUUGAACAUCAGUGUGUUAACCAGCAAGGAGUACCUGAUGUCAGACCGCCAGUACUGGAGCAUGGUUCCUCACAGGGCCAUGCAGCAGCUCUCCCAGCCUCUAGGGCAGCGCCGCAUGUUGCUCCACCACCAGGAAUAGUAGAAAUAGACAGCGAGAAAUUUGCAUGUCAGUGGUUGAAUGCACAUUUUGAAGUGAGUCUUGAUUGCUCAGUCUCUCGAGCCGAAAUGUACUCUGAAUACCUCUCUACCUGUAGUAAAUUAGCUCGAGGGGGAAUCCUGACGUCAACUGGAUUUUAUAAAUGUCUGCGAACUGUCUUUCCAAAUCAUACAGUGAAGAGAGUGGAAGAUGGGAGUAACAGCGGGCAAGCCCAUAUCCACGUGGUCGGAGUGAAGAGGAGGGCUAUCCCCCUGCCCAUUCAGAUGUACUAUCAGCAGCAGCCAGCCUCGUCUGCCCCUGUCGUCCGGGUUGAUUCAAUUCCUGAUGUAGCCUCAUCUCCUUUGCCAGCAGGACUCGCACAUGGGCCACCAAAUCAUUAUCAGAGGACCCCUAUUAACCAGUCUUCAACUUUGGCAGCAACGCAGAUGUCUUUUCCGAUUCAAGGUGUUCAUACAGUGGCACAGACUGUUUCCAGAAUUCCGCAGAAUCCUUCGAUUCAUCCACAGCAGCAGCAGGGCGCUCCGGUGACUGUUAUACAGAGCAAAGGCCCCGUGCCCUGCGAGAUGAUGCAGGCCACAGUAAUACAGGGCUCUGUACCCCAGCCUGGGGUUCCUGUUACCAUUGCUGUCGGGGGAGCACCGGUCUCUAAUCAGAGCCUCAGCAGCACAGGCCCGCCGCCCUCGGUCACCGUUGUUGGUUCUCAGACGUUGCUUCACCACCAGCCCGUGAUUCAGCAGCAGUCCCCCCUGCACGCGGUGGUGCCCGGACAGCUUCCUUCAGGCACUCCCGUUACGGUGAUUCAACAAGCUGUACCUCAGGGUCAUAUAUUUGGCAGAGUACAAAACCUCCCGGCGUGCAGUUCCGCAGUUUCCCAGGGUCAGCAGCUGAUCACCACGUCGCAGCCCUCAGCCCAGCCAGGCUCCGCCGGGAGCCAGCAGCAAGACACGGUCAUCAUAGCGCCGCCGCAGUACGUCACCACCUCGGCCUCCAACAUGGUCUCCGCCACCAGCGUCCAGAACUUCCAGGUGGCGGCGGGGCAGGUGGUGACCAUCGCGGGUGUGCAGAGCCCGCAGACCUCUCGCGUUGGGUUCCAGAACAUCGCGCCGAAGCCGCUGCCCGCUCAGCCAGGGCCGCCCAGCGUGGUCCAGCAGCCGCAGGCGCCGCCGCCGUCGCAGCAGAGCGUGGUGAUCGUGAGCCAGCCGGCGCAGCAGGGCCCGGCCUACGCGCCCGCCAUCCACCAGAUCGUGCUCGCCAACCCGGCCUCCAUCCCGCCGGGACAGGCCGUGCAGCUGGCUGGGCAGCCGAGCAUCACUCCGGCCUCUUCCCCGUCCCCGGGGCCGGUGACAAACAAUCAAGUUCCUACGGUCAUGUCGCCUUCACCGACCGCUCCUCCGCCGCAAGGCCCCCCUCCUACUGUCAGCCAGAUGCUUUCUGUAAAGAGGCAGCAGCAGCAGCAGCAUUCACCAGCAUCCUCGCAGCAACAGGUACCGCCGCAGCAACCGCUACAAAUGCAAGUUCAGUCGCAACAAGCUAACACGGGGGUUGGCCAGCCCAACUCUGGGGAGUCCAGCCUGAUAAAACAACUGCUGCUUCCCAAACGGGGCCCCUCGACGCCGGGGGGUAAGCUUAUCCUCCCCGCUCCGCAGAUCCCACCACCCAACAACGCGAGAGCGCCCAGCCCUCAGGUGGUUUAUCAGAUGGCCAAUAACCAGGCACAAGGCUUUGGAGUUCAAGGACAGUCUCCAGCUCAGCAGCUGCUAGUUGGACAGCAAAACGUUCAGCUGGUCCCGAGUGCAAUCCAGCCCCAAGGGGCAGUACAGACAGUACCCAUUUCUAACUUGCAGAUAUUGCCAGGCCAGUUGAUCUCAAACAGCCCAGCAACUAUUUUCCAGGGGACUUCUGGCAACCAGGUUACGAUAACAGUUGUGCCAAAUACGAGUUUUGCUACUGCAACUGUGAGUCAGGGAAGUGCAACUCAGCUCAUUGCUCCAGCGGGAAUUGCAGUGAGUGGAGCACAGACAGGAGUUGGGCUACAAGUGCAAACGCUUCCAGCUACACAAGCACCUUCAGCUGGACAAUCACCGUGUACUGCUGCUCCCCCGUUCAAAGGCGAUAAGAUAAUUUGCCAAAAGGAGGAAGAGGCAAAGGAAGCAACAGGUUUACACAUUCACGAGCGUAAAAUUGAAGUUAUGGAGAAUCCUUCCUGUCGAAGAGGAGCUGCAAACACCAGCAAUGGGGAUGCAAAAGAAAGUGAAAUGCAGGUGGGAAGUCUUUUAAACGGGAGAAAGUACAGUGACUCCAGUCUACCUCCUUCUAACUCAGGGAAAACUCAGAAUGAGGCCAAUCAGUGCUCCCAAGUCAGUAACGGGCCGUCGUUAGACAUGGGUGAGAACGGAGCUCCUGGAAAACAGAACUUUGAACAAAUGGACACACAGGAAAUUAAAAGCGAUCUGAGGAAGCCCCUCGUUAAUGGCAUCUGUGAUUUUGAUAAAGGAGAUGGCUCUCUCUUGAGCAAAAACAUUCCAAAUCAUAAAACUUCCAACCACGUAGGAAAUGGUGAUAUAUCUUCAGUGGAACAGCAAGGGAAUUUGGAUGCCACGCAGCAAGAUACUGCCAAAGGUGAUCAAGGGGAAAGGAUUUCUAAUGGGCCUGUAUUAACUUUGAGUAGUUCGCCUGUUGUAAGCGGUACACAGGAGGCUGCAAAACUGUUAACCCAGCAACUUAGUGGUACCAACACUGAUUUACCUAAUGGACCUCUAGCCUCGAGUUUGAAUUCAGACGUGCCUCAGCAACGCCCAAGUGUAGUUGUCUCGCCACAAUCCACAGCCUCUGUUAUACAGGGGCACCAAAUCCUCGCAGUCCCACACUCAGGACCUCGAGUGUCCCCGUCUACCCUGUCAUCCGACGUUCGGUCUACCAAUGGCACAGCAGACUGCAAGACUGUAAAGAGGCCGGCGGAGGAUAGCGACAGGGAAACCGUUCCCGGAAUUCCAAAUAAAGUAGGAGUUAGAAUUGUUACAAUCAGCGACCCCAACAAUGCCGGGUGCAGCGCAACCAUGGUUGCCGUGCCGGCCGGAGCGGAUCCGAGCACUGUAGCCAAAGUAGCAAUAGAAAGUGCUGCUCAGCAGAAGCAGCAGCAGCAGCAGCAGCCACCAACCACGUUCAUCCAGAGCAUGGUCACACAGAGCACCCCUGCAACGUCGACCCCGGCCGCGCAGGGCCCGGGCCAGCAGCUGGGCCUGCAGCCGCCCUCCUACCCCGCAGCAAGUCAGCACGCGGAGCAGCCGAAGAAGCCUGGGCAGAACUUCAUGUGUCUCUGGCAGUCUUGUAAAAAGUGGUUUCAGACACCGUCACAAGUUUUCUACCAUGCAGCAACCGAACAUGGAGGAAAAGAUGUCUACCCAGGACAGUGCCUAUGGGAGGGAUGUGAACCUUUCCAGCGGCAGAGGUUUUCCUUCAUCACCCACCUACAGGAUAAGCACUGUUCCAGAGAUGCUUUGCUUGCAGGCUUAAAGCAAGAUGAACUUGGGCCAGCAGGAAACCAGAAACCUCCCAAUAAGCCGCCGCCGGCGGGCCCCGCGGCGCCCGCGGCCAGGGCGCAGAAGGCCAUCGUGAACCACCCGAGCGCGGCGCUCAUGGCCCUGCGCAGGGGCUCCCGCAACCUCGUCUUCAGAGACUUCACAGAUGAAAAAGAGGGACCAAUAACUAAACACAUCCGAUUAACAGCUGCCUUAAUAUUGAAAAACAUCGGUAAAUACUCGGAGUGUGGGCGCAGAUUGCUAAAGAGACAUGAAAACCAUCUCUCCGUGCUCGCCAUUAGCAACAUGGAAGCUUCCUCCACCCUUGCCAAAUGCCUUUAUGAACUGAAUUUUACUGUCCAGAGUAAAGACCACGAAAAAGACUCGGAAAUGCUGCAGUGAGACAAGUCCCAGUUGUCCAUCGGGACAGAGGUAGUCACAUACAUUUCAAAUACUGUUACUGAAGAAAGCACCAAGUCUUAAUGGAGCAGAGACCAUAGAUUGAAUUAUUUUAUCUCCUCCCGUGCCGCUGAGAGGAAGCUUUGUAUUCUGAUCACUCACCGAAUCCCUUUGUUCUGCUUAGAGAAAGGAGGAAAACAAACUGCCAUGGGAUUCCCGACCAGCUGUCUGCAGGACGUCUCUCCAGCCCGAUGGAUCCUGAAGGAAACUGGUGUGAUCAGAAUUCAGUACCAUCCACAUUGGAAUAAACAUGGAAUAUUGUAAAACCUACAUGAGCAGAUGAAAUAGAAGCAUUAAAUAUUUUUAUCUAUAUCCAAAAAGGAGCACAUUUUUAUAUUUACGAAACCAUUUAAGCUGGUUUGAAUAAAAAGAAAAGUUUCAGCACACCUGUAACCCCCUGGCCUCGGAGGGUGCCACCAGUAUCUAGCUAUGGAUUGCGUGUUUUGUUUAGAAAUCAGUAGCUUGGUUUUCUUACUUGAGCCAAUAUAUUUUCACUUAUUUAUUAUCAUAAAAAUUUACCAGUCUGAAUAGAUCCUGUAAAUAUUUGUGAAUAGAACACCUUUCAUGCCACUGCAGCCACUGGAAAGAAACAUUCUGUGGUGUCCUAGGAGCAUUAUAGGUAGGUUCUAAAGUUUUCUAGACUUUCCUGUCAAUUGUAAGUACUUGUGAUAUAUUCUACGCAGUGGAUGAAUGUUCUUUAAAUUUGUGUAAAUAAUUCUGCAAAGGUACCGAUGCUGUAAAGUCAAAACAGUUUUGUGGAACUGUGAUUUUUUUUU